AUGCGGCCUCUCGACCCGCGCUCUGUCAACUCUCAGAACGCGAUUAUGAAGACCCCUCCGACUGGAGGUACUGGCUCGAGCCUGGCUCGAGCCAUCAUUAUCACUUCCGGCGUGGCAGCUCUAGUGGCUUCGCUUCUUUCUCUGGUGUCGAUAUGGUUUCAAACCAAAAACUAUCGCAAACCAUUGCUCCAACGAUACGUCGUCCGCAUAUUAUUGAUGGUGCCCAUCUACGCGGCUUCAUCGUGGACGAGCAUUGUGUCGCUGAAGGCGGCGCAGUUUCUUGAUCCGAUCCGUGACAUUUACGAGGCCUUCACCAUCUAUACCUUUUUCCAACUCCUCAUCAACUUCCUUGGAGGAGAACGAUCGGUGAUCAUUAUGGCCCAUGGCCGUCCGCCGGUUUCCCAUGCUUGGCCGCUGAACCACUGUCUCAAUAAGAUUGACAUCUCCGACCCACACACAUUUCUGGCUGUGAAGCGAGGUAUCCUGCAGUAUGCCUGGCUAAAACCCAUUCUGGCACUGAUAUCAAUCGUGAUGAAGGCAACAGACACCUAUGAAGAAGGGUAUCUGGGCAUUACUUCGGGUUACCUCUGGACAGGCAUUGUGUACAACAUCAGUGUUACCGUUAGUCUUUAUUCCCUCGCCAUGUUCUGGGUGUGCCUACACGACGACCUUACCCCAUUCCGCCCCAUCCCCAAGUUCCUCUCUGUAAAGCUCAUUAUCUUUGCAUCAUAUUGGCAAGGGUUCUUCCUGUCCAUUCUGCAAUGGCUUGGGGCUAUGGGCAACGGUCUUGCCGGAUAUACUCCAGACAACCUCGCGGCAGCCAUUCAAGACAGUCUCAUCUGUUACGAGAUGCCUAUAUUUGCCAUUGUACAUUGGUAUGCAUUUUCAUGGCACGACUAUGCUGACCCGACCAUCUCAGCGGCCCGGCUGCCAGUCAAAUAUGCAUUGCGGGAUGCCUUUGGGGUCCGCGAUCUGGUGGAAGACACCAAACUCACCUUGCAGGGCGACAAUUAUGAGUAUCGUCUCUUCGACUCUGGUGACAACGUCAUUGCGCAUGAAGAAUCUCAUUCACGAGUCAAGCGAGUCAUGGACGGGAUGCGAUAUGAGCGUGGUGGCAAGGCGAAGUAUUGGAUUCCCAAGCCCGGCGAAGCCAGCAAGCCUGGCGAAAUCAACAGCCGCACGCCACUCCUCGCAGGCGGGGACUCGAGUCAACGCGGCCGAAGCGAACGCGGGAGUCGCACUCCGACCGAACGGUAUCGGUCAUCCUAUAGCGAAAUUGAGAUUUCGAUGGAUGACGAAGACGAACGAUUGUUUACGAAUGCUCGAGCGCUGGAGUUUGGAGACUGGAACUAUCCCGUCAUCACAGCCAACGAAGUCCCCCGAGAUCAGCGGCUUCCUCCCAGUCGGAACAGAAGCUACCAAGGAUCUUCCCACGUUGGGGGCGAUGUGAAGAAGGCCCGCUCACACCGGAAAGGUCGAGCGUCGGGCAGCGAAAGCAGGCAUCAGAACACGAGCUCCAGCAAGUCCAGCAAGCAUAGUAAGCCCAGCAAGAGCUCGGGGGACGGACCCUUGCAGCGCAAUGCCAGCUCCAGCAGCUCGCAUCACUCGCACCGCAGCCAGCUUGUGGACCUCGUGGUCGAGAACCAUGAGGCUGAAGGCGAGGAGCGAGCUCACGCCCAGCGGGCCUUGGGCUCUUCUUGGGCGGGUGGUGAAACGCGACGAUUUUCGAGGCCAUCCGGACAGCCAAUCGAGGAAGAGGCCGAAGCUCCGUCGCAGGCAGCCCCAGCCGACCAACUGGACGAUCGCGAGCAAUCCCAACGCUGGGCCUACGACGGACUGGAGGAGGACCGUAAUGUAUGGGGCCGAUAG